AGUUUGUUCACCAGAUUUAUUAGAUAUUUUACUACUUUUGUACAUGUUAGGCAAAUAUGGUUGCCUAUGCCCUAAAUAAACAAUGUGGUUUAUUAAAGCAAUACAUUUCAAGCCACGCCGGCUGUCACACCCCCUUGCGCUGCUAGCGUCUGUAGCCGUUUACAGUUUACACAAUCGCCUGUUCGGAGUAAACGCAGGCACGCUAAAACGGUUUAAAAAGUUUGCUUUCCAUCUCGGAGAGAACCUGAACCAAUCACCUCCCCUAUUUACCGACCGGUACAGCAAUGGCACAUUUUUUACUUUUAAAGCAAAGUUCUCCGCGUGCUCGUUCAUUCUCCCGGGCGGGCUUUAAUAAUAAACUCAAAUCCCUUCAGCCUUUAAAAAAAAAAAAAGAGGCGGGCGGGCGGUGAUUUUCUUUUUCUUCCGCGCGGGAACUUGCAAAAGACGCGGCCGGGUUUCGUCGGCUAGCCGAGCGCGGCGGUCCAGCCCUUUGUACAUAAACCACACCCACAGGCAGCCUCCAAAAGCGGCCCCUGCUUCUGUCUACUUACUGCCGGCGACCGGCUGAGUUUUUCGUCCUUCCUUCGCCCGGGCCAACAGGAACUGCUGCAUGUGCUAACGAGAGCUGCAGCCGGGCCUGUUCUGCAUUCGCCCUGCCUGCCUGUCGCCAGUUAUGUUCAACUACGACGAGGCCACCGCCUUUCUGGGCGAAUGGGGCCCCUUCCAGCGCCUCAUCUUCUUCCUGCUCAGCGCCAGCAUCAUCCCCAACGGCUACACGGGGCUGUCCGCUGUCUUCUUGGCCGCUACUCCCGAGCACUGGUGCCGGGUGCCCGCUAACGCCAGCCUGAGCGCGGAGUGGCUCAACGCCAGCAUCCCCCUGGAGAAGCGCGGCGGCCGGCAGGUGCGGAGCCAGUGCAGCCGCUACCGCCUCGAGGCCCUGCUCAACUUCUCCGCCGGCAACUUGGUGCCCGGCCGCGAUGUCAAUCUCAGCCAGGUGGAGCAGGAGGAGUGCCUGGACGGCUGGGAGUUCAGCCGAGAGUAUUACGACAACACCAUUGUCUCCGAGUGGAAACUUGUUUGUGACAAUGACUGGAAAGCACCACUAACUGUUUCCUUAUUGUUCGUGGGUGUGCUGUUGGGAUCCUUUAUAUCUGGACAGCUCUCAGACAGAUUUGGUCGGAAGAAUGUCCUGUUUAUAACCAUGGGGAUCCAGACUGCCUUUAGCUUUCUCCAGAUCUUCUCAACAAGCUGGGAAAUGUUUGCUGUUCUCUUUCUUAUUGUUGGAAUGGGUCAAAUAUCUAAUUAUGUGGCAGCGUUUGUUCUUGGUGCAGAAAUUCUUGGCAAAUCCAUCCGCAUUAUAUAUGGAACGUUAGGUGUCUGCAUAUUUUAUGCAUUUGGCUACAUGAUGCUGCCACUGGGUGCUUACUUCAUUCGAGACUGGCGAUUGCUGCUAAUGGCUCUUACUAUUCCAGGGCUGUUGUAUUUUCCAUUGUGGUGGUACAUUCCAGAAUCUCCUCGCUGGCUACUCUCUCAAGGAAGGAUUCAAGAAGCAGAAGAUAUCAUUCGUAAAGCUGCAGAAAGGAACCAUGUUGUAGCCCCCGAAGUAAUAUUUGAUCUUGCUGAGCUGGAAGAUUUGAAUUCCCAAGUUCAGCAGUCCUGCAGCAUUUUGGACCUUGUGAGAACCCCAAAUAUACGAACAGUCACUAUCAUGUCUGUGAUUCUAUGGAUGGUGAUUUCCAUAGGCUACUUUGGCCUUUCUCUGGAUACCCCUAACUUGCAUGGAGACAUCUACCUCAAUUGUUUCCUUUCAGCAGUAAUUGAAAUCCCAGCUUAUACUAUCUCUUGGCUGCUCCUUCAGCAUCUGCCUCGGCGUUAUUCAAUGGCAGGAGUCUUGUUCUUAGGAGGCUGCGUUCUUCUUUUCAUUCAGUUUGUGCCUGCACACCUCCAUGUUCUGUCCAUCAUCCUCGUGAUGAUUGGAAAGUUUGGGAUCACAUCCUCCUUCUCCAUGGUUUAUGUGUAUACUGCUGAACUCUACCCAACUAUUGUGAGAAACAUGGGAGUUGGAGCCAGUUCAAUGGCUUCCAGAAUUGGCAGCAUCCUCUCGCCUUAUUUUGUGUAUCUUGGUGCUUAUGAUAGAUUUCUUCCUUACAUCUUAAUGGGAAGUUUAACAGUGCUUGCAGGAAUCCUGACCUUUUUUCUCCCGGAAAGUUAUGGCACUCCUCUCCCAGACACUAUUGAACAGAUGCUAAGAGUUAAAGGAAUUAAAAAUAUAAAAGCACUGAAACAUCAAAAUAGAACAAAACAUACAGAAGACAGUUCAGUUAUUCUAAAGACCUCAACAUUCUGAUGAAGCUGCAUUGCUCACAGUAUUAUACCUUGAAAAUUUCCUUUAAUUUGCUUCCAGAAAAGACUAACCUAAACACUUUUUUCCUAGUAUGGUAAACAUAUUUAUUAAAAAUACAUUCAUUUUGAGAAUGUAGAUACUUUCUAUCCCAGUAUGGGAUUUUUGCCAACAACUGCUUCAUGGAGCAGUGUUGGAUAUGGAAUUUUGUUCACUUUUAGGACAUGUAACAACUAUCCUUUUUGUGAGACUGUAUUUUUAAAAGAUGCUUCAAGCUGCAAGUUAAAUGUCUUAAUACCACUUUUGCCACACAAAAUGGCAAAACAUUAAAUAGGUAAUAGAGUUUUGAUAUUGUCACUCCAGCUUUCUCUUUUCUUGAGAGAAAAAAUAAGCUUGAAAUGUUAGAGAGAAACUGGCAAAGUAGACCUAAAAUAAUUAUGCAAAUGACUGAAUGUAAUAAAAGGGGAAGAAAUUGAAGCUGAUUCUUUUUUAUGAACACAUUUGACUUAGAAAUGGAAAAACAAAUGUUCUAAUGCAAAACACUGGCAAAUUAGUUUUGUUUGCAGAAUUAAUUUCUUUACUUCGGAUUUAAAUGAAAGCCACAAUAUACAGUUGAUUUACACCUGGGAAUAAAGUUUUGCCUUAUUUAGACAUGUUUAUUUUUUAUUAAAAAAUAAGAUUAGAUUACAUUUAUAACUCUUUUUACUGUUCAUUGAAUUUCCUCUGAUGCUAAAAGACUGUGGAAGCACAUGCUCAUCUGUAUUUCCAAAUUCUUUAGUUUUGUUCUGUCUCUGCAUAAAAUAAAUGAUACAGAUAUGUAAUAAAAAUAUUUUAUAAUACUUAAUGGGAAUGUAACAAUCUGGGUUCUUCAUCUUACCUAAAAAUCUAAUUGUUGCCUUUGGAGUAAGCAGAGAACGAUUAAAAUGAGUAUCAUGACAUUUAUAAACAAGGUUGUUGACCAUACAGUUGGAACAAAUCUACUAAAAAAUAAUUAAUUCUCAGAAUUAAUAGAUUCUGGGAACUAUCUAAAUUGCAUUAUAUGCUUUUCUUUUGCAUAUUAUAUUAUUAAAAGAAUUAAAUGAUUUUUAUGAUGCAUAGUGCAAUGAAUUUUACACAGAUUAAUAAAUCUGAUAUAAUAUCAAGCUGUGCUUCUGUGAUAACUUGUUGGUUGCUUUAAACCUCUUUAGCAAAAAUGACACAUAAAUAUACUGAACUAUAUAAGCACUUUUGCUUCUGAUAGAUGCAGAGAAUAUAAAUAUUUCAAAUAAAUGUAUGGAAGCAUUGUAGAUUGUCCAUACUCAGAUUGUUACACCCAAUUCCUUGAACUUGCUAUUUUCUCAAUAAGGACAUGUAUGCAUAGCAUCUUAUCAAGGUAGUAACUAUCUAGUUAAAGGAAUCUCCUAGAUGUUGUUGUAACACCAUGCAGAGCACGCUAGAACUACUUGCUUGAUCUGAUCUGUUUUGAAAACAUAAUGAAAUCUUACUCAGCAAUACGUGAUAGGUUUUCAGCAUUUCUUUCUAAAAGCCUUUCUUACUUUAGUUUUUCUGAGAUACUAUUGGAUUUCAUCUCUUCAACAAGUAUUCCACAAUGUUUCUUUGAAAACCAGGUUGUCAGCCUUACAGCCAUGCAAACUACCAACUGGAGUCGACAGAGUUUAUGAAGAAAAUAAUAGUAUCUCUUGUACUCUUUUAAAAAGAUAGUAGAACAUAAAAGAAUCUCUUGACAGAUUUAUGUGCCUUAAAAAUAUUCCCAGGUCUGUGGCCUUUGGAUGUGGAGUUGCAUUUUAUCAGAUGUUUUGUCUUCAAAUCUUGAAUAGUAAUUCUGAAACGCUUUAUUUAUAACAUAUUUUAAUAUUGGGACGUCAUACUGAUUCAAAAUAAAAAUCAAUUUAUUUCCUUGGGAAAA